AUGCGGCCUAGCGAUGACGUGGGCAACCUGCUUCGCUUACAAUUAAAGCCUGAAGCUUUAAAGCUCCGGAAUCCUCAGUUCCAACGCAAGGACGGGCUCCGCAGGACGGAAGACUUCGUCCAGCUCUGCGUCCAAGUCACCACAGAUGACACCGCGGCGCCCUGGCGAACGUUGCUGAUAAGUGAAGGGGUGGUAGCCCCUCCGGUCUACGCCCAGCGUGGCGUGCUGGCUGGAUGCCCGCUGGCACCGGCGCUGUCCAAAGCAGCGCUCUUCCCGGUGUGUGACCGCCUGACUCAGGAGGUACAGGUCACGGAUAUGGACAUUUGGAUUGACGAUAUCAGCGUGGACUUACAAAACGAAAAUCAUGUCAGCGUGGCAGUAAGGGCGGUCAAGGCACUCCGUAGCCUGCGGCAGCACCUAGGGGACGAAGGGCUGGUACUGUCCGCGUCUUCCAAGGCUACGCCAAGGAACUCUCUGGGCAAGAGCGGUCUCACCCCGCCUGCGCAGCAACCGGAGAACGCAGGCGCCUUCCGGGAGGGCGUCACGGAUGAGAGGGGGGAAGCUGACCUCGAGUCCGAGGUGCCCCAGCCGGAAGCCAGCGAGGCGACAGCGACGCGAGAGGAGUGGUACCAGGAGGAGGCUGCGACAUCUGGGCAAGAUUGGCAGUAUGCCCAGGAGCAACCUCCGGCUGCUGACGACUCGGACCUCGGCGUUUGCGAGGCCUCCAAGUUUGAUGCUCAGGCUUAUGGCUAUGGCUUCCCGGCGGACCAGGGUGGCUUCAGCUUUAACAUCCCAGGUGAGGUGCGCAAUGCUAAACUUCAACAGACUGACGUGGAGCAGCUGCUCAGCACACCAACCAAGGCGCAGCACGCGCAGCACGCGCAGCACGCGCAGCAGGCGCAACAGGCGCAGCAGGCGCAGCAGGAAGUGCAAGAACAGCCUUUCCCUGAUGAGCAGCAACAGCAGAUGCAGGGGCAGCUCACGGACCAACAGGCAGCCUACCAGCAGCAGCUGUACCAGUGGCAUCAGGCGCAAGCUGCGCAGUACCAGCAGCCGUAUGGCGACGCGUACCAGCAGCAGCUCUACCAACAGCAGCUCUACCAGCAGCAGUCUGCAUUCCAGCAGCCGGCGUACCAAGCAACCGACCCUUAUCAGCAGCAUCUCUUGCAACAGCCCCACACCGUCCCACACCAGCGACCGCCCUCGACGGGGCAGGCCGGUGGAGCCAGCGCGCCUGCCACCACCUCGCACGGCCAGCCGGCCAGCUCCCCAUCCAGUGGCCCACGGACUGCGCGGGCUGCCAACGCCGCAGCACCGCGGUCAGAGUCGCCAAGCGGAGGCCCAGGGGGGGCCGAAGAUGGCGACGCACCUGCCCCGGCUCGAGAGGGAGCGGAGGGCGCGCCCGCCAAGGAGGGCCAAAAGUCGCCCAGCAAAGGCGCCUCGCGCAAGGCAACGGCAAAGAGCAGGACGCGGAAAAAGGAGCCACCACCUGACUCAGGACCCAAGUGCCAGCUCUUCUUUCUUCCUCUCGACACCCAGCAGAACUGGAAGACCGGCCUUGGCGACAAGAAAGAUGCGGCGUCGCACCGCCGGAGCAGCGAGGAGCGCCUCUUGAGCUCAGCUAGCGAGGGCUCCCAAGGCUCCAACCACACAGCUGAGCCAACUCAGGACUGGGAUGCGAUGGGCUACAGCAAGUGGGAGUCUGAAGGCCAGGGUGGAGCAUCCAGUGAUUACGAGGAAGAUCCUGAGGCUGCAGAGGAAGAUCCUGGAGCAGCACAAGAGAUGCCAGGCGAGGCUCCUGCUGGCAGUGCUGUGAACUCUGCACGCGCUUUGCGUAGCCUGAGGCCGGGUGCUUCGUCACGGUCGCUCUCCACGCCGCCCCCUGGGGCCCAGCAGAGGCCGGACUACAUACCGCGGCCUCCACCUGCAGCCGCCAAACCGAACCGAUUCCGGCGCACCAACGCGAGGUCGGAGGCAGCGAAAGGCAGCGGAGGCGGAUUGCUGUUCGCAGGAGAUGCCCGGUGA